GAUGUGAAUAUUUUCAUCGCGGCGAUUGGAAUAAAUGGGAAUAUGUGGAAAAUGUGGAAACGCCGAAAAUGAUUCAAUUCGAUGAAAAAAAUAUUUAGUUCGGUCCUGCACCUACUGAUGAUUUUAAGUCUGGAAAGUUAAAAUGAAAAUUCAAAUGAAGGAACUGGUAAAUUGAUUUGGAAGAAAAUUGUAAUGUCUGUAUUAUGAUGCUACUUUAUCUUCAGUCUGUACUGCCUUUAUGGUUUUAUGAUGAAGAUGUAUGAGAACAUUCGUGCACUAUGAGAAGUGAUUCUCUUUUUGAGCAGAGCAAUACAGGUCAAUGUUGUGGGACUGUUUGAGGUAUGGCCUCUUUGGAUCUACCCUACCGCUGUCCAAGAUGUGGGGAACACAAGCGUUUUAGGAAUCUUUCUUCAUUGCGAGCUCAUCUGGAAUACAAUCAUACAUAUGAGACACUUUACGUCCUUUCAAAGUCUAAUAGCAUCUGUGAUGCUGGUAUUUUAUCUUCAGGAGGUGACAAAUCAAUUCUGAUACCUACUUCCUGUAAAGAAAUCUUUGAAAGCACCUCAUUUAGGAGCAAAGAACAGAGAUACUUAUAUGAUUUAGAGUGCGGGGAGGAAUUAUCCCAUGGUUCCACCUGUUAUUUACCUGAAGUCGAAGGCGCAGUAAACGAAAUAUUCAUGAGAAAGGCAGUGACUCCUUCCACUCCCCCUGCAGCUCUAGCUGCAGCUGCAGUAGAUGCUGUUUAUGAGGAGGGGCUGGCUCGGUUAAAGAUCCAAGCUUUCGAGAAACUAGACUUGAAUGAGCGCUUAGAAAAGCUGUCGGAGGAGGUGGAGCAGAAGAUCACAGCCCGAGUGGAUAAGCUUCAGAUAGAACUUGAAAAGAAAAGCUCAGAACUGGAAAAAGCCAAGCAAGAAAGCAUACGGUUGAGCCAAGAAAAGCAAAAUCUUGAAGAGAAGGCUACUGAACUAUCACGGCAAGUUGAUGUGAGUGUAGAAAUGCUGGCUACAUUGAAGCAAGAUUUGGUGCAGAAGGACCAGGAGCUAGCCAGGAAACAGCAAGAGGUGUUACAAAUCGAUCAAUUCUUACAAGAGACAGCAGCACGAGAAGCAAAUGCAAAAGUCCGUCUGCAACAGUUCAUUGAGGAGCUUUUGGACAGAGCAGACAGAGCCGAAAAGCAGCUAAUGGUCAUCAGUAGUUGUGGUACGACACCAAAUGGCAGCCUAGGAAGAUGUAGUAAUCCAGGUGCAAAAGGAAUUAGAAAACAACAGGGUGAAAGAUAUGCAACAGCAAGUGGAAUUUCCCGAGGAAAUAUGCUUGUAGCUGAGCAACAGUCAUUACCAAAUGUCAGACCAAAGCCACUUGCUCAUGUGACACGAUGCUAUGAUAGUGAUGGUUUUAUGCAAUCUGCAGACAUACAACACGUAGAACAGAGUCCAGAGCGGAACUAUCAUCACAAACAAACCCGUAAUUCAGAAACUAAGUGCAUUAAAGAUCCCAUAUCACGAAAUUCAGCACUGCGCAGACAGGCUGUUGAAAAUUGGCAUCGGAGGCCAUAUCGUAACAGCACAGAGGGAGAAGAAGGUGAUGUAUCCGAUGCAGGAUCCAGGACAACGGAAUCAGAAGUGGAAGUUUGGGAGCAAGAAAGUAGAAGUUCAACAGAGCCACAGAAAUUUGGAUCCAAUCGUGCUAGGGCUUAUCGACUCAGUACUAGUAAUGCCAAAGCAGUUAAUUACAAAACAGCCAAACAUCAGAAGAGCAGUCCCUCACGAUCAAAUGAAGUCAUCAGCCCUGAGGUGCUGAAGAUGCGAGCAGCACUAUUUUGUAUUUUCACAUACCUGGACACCAAGACAUUAUUGCAAACAGCUGAAGUCUGUCGGGACUGGAAAUAUGUGGCUAGACAUCCAGCAGUUUGGACCAGAGUUCUACUGGAGAAUGCCAGAGUGUCUUCUAAGUUCAUGGUGACCCUUUCCCAGUGGUGUACACAGACCCACUCUCUUACUCUUCAAAGCAUCAAACCCCGUCCAAAAGGGAAGAAGGAGAGCAAGGAGGAAUAUCUUAAAAGCACACAUGGCUGUCUGGAGACAGGACUGGAAUCCAUGCUGAAGGCUGCUGGCAGCAAUCUCCUAAUCCUGAAGGUUUCCCAUUGUCCAAACGUACUGACUGACCGUUCACUUUGGUUGGCAAGUUGCUACUGCCGCGCACUUCAAGCAGUAACUUAUCGAAGUUCAACAGAUCCAGUUGGCCAUGAAGUGAUUUGGGCUUUGGGAGCUGGCUGCAGAGACAUAAUUUCCUUGCAAGUUGCACCAUUACAUCCUUGCCACCAGCCAACACGGUUCAACAACCGCAGUCUACAGAUGAUCGGGCGCUGUUGGCCACAUUUGCGAGCUCUGGGAGUUGGGGGUGCAGGAUGUGGAUUGCAGGGGCUGGCCUCCUUGGCUCGGAACUGUAUCCGGUUGCAAGUACUGGAACUUGAUCAUGUGACCGAAAUAAACCAGGAGGUAGCAGCAGAAGUUUGUCGAGAGGGUCUAAAAGGAUUAGAAAUGCUGGUACUAACAUCAACCCCAGUCACACCGAAAGCUCUGUUACAUUUUAACAGUGUCUGUCGCAGUUUAAAAUCUAUUGUGGUGCACAUUGGGAUAACUGAUUACUUUGAGGAGCCAGGCAGCCCAGAAGCUCGGAGAUUGUUUGAAGAAAUGGUUGGCAAACUUCAGAUUCGAACAGAAGAAGAGCGUCCUGCCCCCUCCAGAUGAACCGGACCUGGUGGCAUCGAGAUGCAUCGUCACUGAAGAGGACAUUAGAAGGGCCUUCCUGAAGAUAAAUCCAAGGAAGGCAACAGGCCCAGAUGGCGUCCCAGGUGUGGUAAACUAUGUAUACCUGUCUGGACAUGCCCCUCUGCUGACUGCUCCUGUGGCUCCUCCCACAGACCCCUGUAUAAAGCGAUUGGAGGCACUCCUCUCUCAGUCUCCGAGAAGCCGUGCUCCGUUUUGCUGCUAAUAAAAGCCUAUCGUUCACCUCCUGUCUCCGAGAGUUAUUAAUGGUGCAUCACCAGGAUGGGUUCUCCGGGCCUGUGCAAGCGAGCUAGCUGGAGUGUUUGCUGACAUCUUCAACUGCUCCCUGCUUCAGUCUAAGAUCCCCUCGUGUUUUAAGAAGGCAAUGAUAAUCCCAGUGCCGAAGAAGAGUAAGGUGGCAUGCCUGAAUGACUAUCGACCUGUGGCUCUUACAUCAAUUGCUAUGAAGUGCUUCGAGCGAUUGUUUGUGGCACACAUCAACCAUAGCCUACCGGUCAACCUUGACGCUUUGCAAUUCACCUAUUGGAGCAACAGGUCAAUGGGUGAUGCCAUCUCUCUGGCACUACAAUCCUCCUUGGAACAUCUGGAGAAUAAAGAUGCAUAUGUAAGGCUCCUUUUCAUUGACUACAGCUCUGCCUUUAAUACCAUCAUUCCAAAUAAACUGAUUCCUAAGCUCCAGAACCUGGGUCUUAGUACUCAGAUCUGCAGCUGGAUCUUCAUUGUCAUCUUUACAAUCUUUUUAUUGAUACAUAAUCUUCUACAGCUAUGAAAUGUUACAAAACUUCAACACAUUGAUAUAUAUAUAUACACAUUAAUAAAGCUGAAGAAAAAAGCUGAUCGUAAUAUAUGAAAAUGAAAAAAAAAUUUAUAAGGAAAAGAAGGGAAAAAAAGAGAAACCCAACAAACUAAAAAAAAAACCACCAACUACAAAAAAAAAGAAAAAAAGAGAAAAAAAAACAUUAUGAAUCAACCCCCGGAGCAAUAUGCCUUACCAUCAUCUAUAUAUAUAAAGAAAAAGAAUCAUCACCUGCCCAUUCAUGUUUAUAUAGAAUAAAAUUGGAAGGAAACCAUAUAAAAUAAUUCAAAUUAAAUGAUAAUAUUUGACAAAAGAUCCCCAUCUUCUCUCAAAAUCGAAUUGAGAAUUAAAAGUUCUACUAUUUUUUUCCAAACUGAGACAUAACUUUACUUGAGAAAAUCAUUGAAUUAAUGUAAGGAAAGAGGUAUCUUUCUAUUUUAAUAAAAUAGCCCUUCUUGCCAACAAUGCAACAAAUGCAAUUGCAUGUUGAUCUGAAGAUGACAUACCCUGAAUAUGAUGCAGAACUAUUCCAAAUAGAACAGUCAAUGUAUUAGAUUGUAAAUUAGUUUUCAGAGCUUUAGAAAUUAUAGAAAAUAAAGAUUUCCAAAAAGAUUUUAAUGAAGAACAUAACCAGAACAUAUGUGACAAAGUGACUACUUCAGUUUUACACCUAUCACAGUAAUCGUCUAUGCUAGGAAAUAUUUUAGAUAGUCUCUCCUUUGUUAAAUAAUAACAGUGAACAAUUUUUAAUUGAAUUAAACAGCGACUGGCACAUAUCAAAGAAGAAUUUACCAUAUUCAGAGCUCGCAACCAAUCUUCAUUAACAAAGGUCAUAUUAAGUUAUCUCUCCCAAUCUUGUUUGAUCUUUAGUGAGAGGUUAUCUUUUUGUAGUAAAAAUAAAUUAUAAAUUUUACCAAUGGAACCUCUUACUAAAGGAUUCAAAUCCAAAAUGGUAUCCAACAAAUCAGAUUCUUGCAUAUAUGGAAACUUAGAUAAGUAUUGUUGUAAGAAAUGUCUAAUCUGAAAAUAUUGCAGAAAGUGUGUAUAAGAGAGAGAAUGCUUGCUAAUUAACUCUUCAAAAUUCAUCAAUCGACCAUCACAAAAUAAUUCUGUCAAAGAAUGGAUCCCCUUAUUUCUCCAUAAGAGAAAAAUGGGAUCGGUUAUUGAAGGUUUAAAUAAAAAAUUUUGAUAUAGAGAACUAGACAAUUUAAGUUGUUUAAAAUUUUAAAAAUUGCGAAACUGAAAUCAAAUCCAUAAGGACUGUUUAAUAAUAGGGUAGAGAUUUAAAUUUGGAAUUUUAGAGAGCUGUAAAGGUAAUAGAGCUCCUAAUAAUGAGGUUACAUAAAAUUUACAGCUUUUAAUUCCAAAUCAUUCCAAAUCAAUUCAAAUCUUAUCGAGCCAAAUUAACCAAAAACAUAAUUGUUGGAUAUUAAUAGCCCAAUAAUACAAUCUUAAAUUAGGAAGUGCAAGUCCAUCUUUUGUAGAUUUUUGUAAAUGAUACUUAUUAAUUCUUGGUCUUUCAUUGUUCCAA